AGUCUUCAUGCUAUGGAAGGCCAUGUGAUGAUAGCUUUCCUGCCAACUGUUCUAAACCAGUUGUUUCGAGUUCUCACUAGGACAAAUCAAGAGGAAGUUGCAGUCAAUGUGACAAGGGUAAUUAUCCAUAUUGUUGCUCAGUGUCAUGAAGAAGGCUUGGAUAGCUACUUGAGAUCUUAUGUCAAGUAUGGUUAUAAAGCUGAACCCUAUGUUGCUUCGGAAUAUAAGACAGUACAUGAAGAACUGACAAAGUCCAUGACAACAAUUUUAAAGCCAUCUGCUGACUUUCUUACAAGCAACAAGCUACUUAAGUAUUCAUGGUUUUUCUUUGAAGUUCUGAUAAAAUCAAUGGCUCAGCAUUUGAUAGAAAACUCUAAAGUGAAGGUGUUGCGAAACCAGAGAUUUUCUGCUUCCUUUCACCAUGCAGUUGAAACAGUUGUUAAUAUGCUGAUGCCACACAUCACUCAGAAGUACAGAGACAAUCCAGAGGCUUCAAAAAACGCAAACCAUAGCCUUGCUGCCUUUAUAAAAAGGUGUUUUACUUUUAUGGAUAGAGGCUUUGUUUUCAAGCAAAUCAAUAACUACAUCAGCUGCUUUGCCCCAGGAGAUCCGAAGACUCUUUUUGAAUUCAAAUUUGAAUUUCUCCGUGUUGUCUGUAAUCAUGAACACUACAUACCUUUGAAUCUACCAAUGCAAUUUGGAAAAGGCAGAGUUCAGAGAUACCAAGAUCUUCACCUGGACUAUUCUUUAACUGAUGAGUUCUGUAAAAAUCACUUCUUAGUGGGGCUGCUUCUAAGGGAGGUGGGCAAUGCAUUACAAGAGUUCAGAGAUGUGAGGCAGAUUGCUAUUGGUGUGCUCAAGAAUUUGAUGAUAAAGCAUUCUUUUGAUGAUAGAUACGCCUCCAGGAGCCAUCAAGCAAGAAUAGCCACUAUGUAUUUGCCGCUCUUUGGACUGCUCAUAGAAAAUGUUCAGCGAAUCAAUGUUAAAGAUGUGUGUCCAUUUCCUGUUAACCCUUCCAGCAAUAGUGCAAAGGAUGAAGCCCUUAAUUUGCCAACUGCAAGUCAGCUAGUAACACCGCAAAAAUCAGGAAACACAUUGGAUAACAAUCUUCCUAAGGAUCUAUUUGGUGUUAUCUCUGGUAUUGCUUCCCCAUACACCGCAUCAACGCCGAAUGUUAAUAGCGUGAGGAGUGCUGACUCAAGAGGCUCUCUUAUAAGUACAGACUCAGGAAACAGCAUCCCAGAAAGACAAAGUGACAAGAGCAAUUCUCUUGACAAGAAUCAGCAGAGCAGCACUUUAGGAAGUUCUGUAGUUCGAUACGACAAACUUGACCAAGCAGAGAUCAAAAGUCUGCUCAUGUGUUUCCUUCAUAUUUUAAGAAAUAUGUCAGAAGAUGCAUUGUUUACAUAUUGGAACAAGGCUACAAAAUCUGAACUGAUGGACUUUUUCACAAUUACAGAAGUAUGCUUACAUCAGUUCCAGUACAUGGGAAAACGAUACAUAGCCAGGAACCAGGAGGGGUUGGGAUCCAUAGUUCAUGAUCGAAAAUCUCAGACAUUGCCUGUUUCCCGUAACAGAACAGGGAUGAUGCAUGCCAGAUUACAGCAGCUGAGCAGCCUGGAUAACUCUCUCACUUUUAACCACAGCUAUGGCCAUUCAGAUGCAGAUGUUCUUCACCAGUCUUUACUUGAAGCAAAUAUUGCCACUGAAGUUUGCCUUACAAUUCUGGAUACUCUGUCAUUAUUCACAAUGGCUUUUAAGAAUCAACUACUGACUGAUCAUGGGCAUAAUCCACUGAUGAAGAAAGUAUUUGAUGUAUACCUUUGCUUCCUUCAAAAGAAUCAGUCUGAAACAGCACUGAAAAACGUCUUCAUUGCUUUAAGGGCACUAAUUUUUAAGUUUCCUUCUACGUUUUAUGAAGGUAGAGCUGAUAUGUGUUCUGCACUCUGCUAUGAAAUUCUGAAAUACUGUAAUUCCAAACUGAGUUCAAUUCGUACUGAAGCUUCACAGCUACUGUACUUCUUAAUGAGAAAUAAUUUUGAUUACACAGGGAAGAAGUCUUUUGUUAGGACGCAUCUGCAAGUUAUUAUUUCAGUGAGCCAGUUAAUUGCGGAUGUUGUUGGAAUUGGAGGAACUAGAUUUCAGCAGUCUCUUUCCAUCAUCAACAAUUGUGCCAAUAAUGACAGAAUUAUAAAGCACACUACAUUCCCCUCUGAUGUUAAGGAUUUAACAAAACGGAUUCGUACGGUACUGAUGGCUACAGCUCAGAUGAAGGAGCAUGAGAAUGAUCCAGAAAUGCUUGUAGACCUCCAGUACAGUCUGGCAAAGUCUUACGCUAGUACGCCUGAACUGAGGAAGACGUGGUUAGACAGCAUGGCAAGGAUCCAUGUUAAAAAUGGAGAUCUGUCAGAGGCAGCAAUGUGCUAUGUCCACGUAGCAGCACUGGUUGCAGAAUAUCUCACACGAAAAGGGAUGUUUAGGCAAGGUUGUACUGCUUUCAGAGUAAUCACACCUAAUAUAGAUGAAGAGGCUUCAAUGAUGGAGGAUGUUGGAAUGCAAGAUGUUCACUUCAAUGAAGAUGUGCUGAUGGAAUUGUUGGAGCAGUGUGCUGAUGGACUCUGGAAGGCAGAACGCUACGAACUCAUUGCCGACAUAUACAAACUUAUAAUUCCCAUUUAUGAAAAACGGAGGGAUUUUGAG